AUGGACAAGAAUCUCGGGACUUUCAUCGACAUUGAACCCGCUGUCAACAAAGACAAUGACUCAGUUUUAGCUGAUGGUUCCGACACAGCCAUUUCGAGAUCGAACAAGAAGCGAAGAACUGUCACUUUUGCGGAGAUGGACGCGACAAAACUGGACGAAAACGGUGACGCCAAAGUUCUCUACACGAUCAUUCCUCCAUCAAAAUAUGAAAAUAGUGAACAAGGUUCGUGCCAUUGA